CAGAGUGGCUGGCGGCAGUGGCGGCUCUCGGGGCUGGGUUGUCAGUCAGGGAGAGGAGGGGAAGAUGGCUCGCCGGGACCCGCUGUGCUAGAAAGAAGGGGGGCAGGUGGUGCUGCCACUCGGGAGAAAGCGGAGCAGCCGCCGUCGCCGUCGCUGCGGGCGGGACGAGUCGAGGUUCUGCAGCCGGAGCUCCGGGAGCUGCCCUGGUUGAAGGUCUAGAGCAGAUGUGGAAAGAUGUUCACUUCAGAGAAAGGUGUUGUGGAGGAAUGGCUGUCAGAGUUUAAGACACUACCAGAAACAUCUUUACCAAAUUAUGCUACAAAUUUGAAAGACAAGAGUUCUUUAGUUUCAUCUCUCUAUAAAGUUAUCCAGGAACCACAAAGUGAGUUGCUAGAACCUGUCUGUCACCAGCUCUUUGAGUUCUAUCGCAGUGGGGAGGAACAGUUGCUUCGGUUCACCCUGCAGUUUCUCCCAGAACUGAUUUGGUGCUACCUCGCAGUUUCAGCCAGCAGAAACGUGCACAGCAGCGGAUGCAUCGAAGCUCUUCUCUUAGGGGUUUACAAUUUGGAAAUAGUUGACAAACAGGGACAUAGCAAAGUAUUGAGUUUUACGAUUCCAUCUUUAUCCAAACCAUCUGUGUAUCAUGAACCUUCCAGCAUUGGGUCCAUGGCCCUGACUGAAAGUGCACUCUCCCAGCACGGUUUGUCCAAAGUUGUGUACAGUGGACCUCAUCCUCAAAGGGAGAUGCUGACAGCACAGAAUAGGUUUGAAGUGUUGACAUUCCUUUUGUUGUGUUAUAAUGCUGCCUUAACCUAUAUGCCUGGUGUUUCUCUUCAAUCACUGUGUCAAAUUUGCUCAAGAAUCUGUGUUUGUGGAUAUCCUCGACAACAUGUAAGAAAAUACAAAGGUGUCAGUAGCAGGAUACCAGUGUCUUCAGGAUUCAUGGUGCAAAUGUUAACAGGGAUUUAUUUUGCCUUAUAUAAUGGAGAAUGGGAGCUAGCUCAAAAAGCACUGGAUGAUAUUAUAUACCGGGCCCAGCUAGAGUUAUAUCCAGAACCAUUGCUGGUUGCAAAUGCAAUAAAGGCUUCAUUGCCUCACGGUGCCAUGAAAUCUAGUAAGGAAGGUACACGGUGUAUUCAAGUUGAAAUCACCCCAACUGCCUCUAGGAUAUCAAGAAAUGCAGUAACCAGCAUGUCAAUAAGAGGUCACAGGUGGAAAAGACACGGAGAUACAGAACUAAUGGGUCAAGAAGAACUGAUGGAGAUAUCGGAAGUUGACGAGGGGUUUUAUUCGAGGGCUGCGUCUAGUACCAGCCAGUCAGGUUUAUCCAACAGUAGUCACAAUUGUGGUAACAAGACAAGUGCAGGGAAGAACCUGAGACGGUCGGGAGGAAGCAAACCUGGAGGAAGAGAAAAAGAAAUGACAGGGGAAACUUGCAAAGAUCAUUUUGCUCGAAAACAAACUCAGAGAGCCCAGAGUGAGAAUCUCGAGCUUCUGUCUCUGAAGAGACUGACUCUAACCACCAGCCAAUCCCUGCCGAAGCCCAGCAGCCAUGGUUUGGCCAAGACAGCCACGACCGUGUUUAGCAAAUCGUUUGAACAAGUCAGUGGUGUCACCAUGCCCCCAAACCCACCACCAGCCGUUGCUUGUGGGCCUGGGACCGACGCCAACAGGUUUUCAGCUUGUAGUUUGCAAGAAGAAAAGCUGGUUUACGUUUCAGAAAGAACCGAACUUCCAGCAAAGCAUCAGUCAGGUCCACAGAGACCUCCUAGUAUUAGCAUUACCCUGUCCACAGAUUAGUCUGUCAUGUGUUUCUCUCCCGUGGCCAGUCACGCUGGCCAUGCGACGUGGCUUCUUGACAAAAGCACCCUGCGUCUUUGAAGCCUGCCCCUGACCCGAGAUUCUGAAGGCUCCCAUGACUUUAUGAAGGGAACGUUGUCUAGACGGCAGUACGUGGAAAUACGGUUUUGUGAUUUCUUGGUUCUAUUGUAUUUUGUUUUUGUUUUCCCCCUUUGGUUUGAGUCUUUUAAAAUUUCCUUUCCUGUGACUGUUUCCCCCAGGAGGGUCAGUGUGACAAUAAAUUGUAGCAAGUUAGCUGAAACACUUGAUCAUGUUGGCUGUAUCUCAUGUGAGGCUGUGAGUUGAUUUUUUCCUUUUUUUGGUCUUUUUGUUUGUUAGUAACUUCUCUCUUGAAAGCUGUGUGUUUGGCCGUCAGAGUCAGGGGGACUGUUUGUGCCGCAUGGGCAGAGAUGCCACUCAAGGAGUGCUGCAGCCGGUGGCAUGUUCAGAGAGCUGGCCCAGACAGCAGGCACGUGAAAAAAAAAUGACGUCUAUGAGAAGUGCCCAGGAAGAAUGUGUGUGGCCACAUCAUCUUUAAGUUUCGAAUGGUUUGUUCAAGGCCCUGGAGAAUGCCUGGUAGCUCAGCUCCUAGAACAUAAUGUAAUUCUGGGGGCCCGGGUUAGGAACAUUGCUUUUGUCACCAGGGCAAUAUUUCUGUGGCAAAUAUCAGAUUGCUGGUUGUUUUGAAGUGUUUGAUCUGGAUUUAGCAGGUGGAAAUUCCUUUGAAUUCCUAAGGUAUAAGAGGCCAUAGAGCUGAUUUACCCUGCCACUCAACUUUGGGAAUCCUCUCUAGUGUGGAUUCCUUUCAUUCAGAGCCGCACCAAAGAUUGUCCGGAAAUCACUAAAUCCCUCAGCACGGCUCUCCAGAUCCCACUUCCAACAAUACACUAUCAAAUUGUAUGUCUGCAAAUGAAGGAAAUCAGAUCAUCCUUUUAACCUGUAAAAUGCCACAGAAAACAAACAUGGUGAAUUUGGACAGAAUACAUUUGCAUAUUCACUGAAGAUUGCUUGUGUUCUUCGACUUAAAAUAAGAAAACAGUGAAUUGUGUUUCUUGCCCAUGAAGAGGCCUGUCUUACAGGUUCUCGUUAUGAUAUAGAAAGAAGAUGGAAGUGGAGAGAGUGAUGCAGCGGAAGCUGAACAAGCCUGUGUGUAGCCCCAGGGCCCACGUGGGUGCCUGAUGGCCCUUGCAGGUGUGGCAGAACUUCCUGUGAAGCAAGUGUAGGACUGCAGAGUUGGGAGUGAGAGGAUGACCGAGACUCGAGGUAGAGGGAGGCUCAGGAAGCUGACCCCUGUCCUGGGCUCUUCUCUUAGAGCACAUGGUGGACUCCUCAUUUGUGGUCCCUAGCAGUGGGCACAGAGAGGAUGUGCUGGUCCUUUCCUCUGGUGGCUGCUCAUGCAGAGCUCGACUAUGUCAGAAGUCCUGAAGAAGGCCAAAGCAUUUACACUCUGAACACAGUUUGACCCCGACUGCUUUGUCUUCCAGAUUAAACAUAAUUCUUCGAGAGGCGUGAACUAGUUCUCAUGAAUUAACCCUGAAUGCAAAAUGGAUUUUGAUAUAAAUGAAUUUGACUUUUUUUUUCAGUUCCAGUAACAGAAUGGAAUAAUACCUGUUGGCAUAAAUUUUAGUAAAACAAAACAAAAAAAAAUUGUGAGGCAACUGGGCAGUGGAAGUUGAUAUGUAUUGGUUUACAAAGAAUUCUGUGUAUAAUUUAAAAUACUUGUAAAAUGUCUCUGUGAAUUUCCUGUUUUUUUUUUUUUUUUUUUUUUUGGUAAUUCUUUGGUGGAGAAUUUUCCCUGUGCAUGGUUUCUAACAGUAUUGAUAUUAUUAAGAACUAGUUUAAAAGAUUGGUAUUCUAAGCAAGCUGAAGUGCUUAGGAGAUGUUGUAGAAUCAGGUUUAGGAAAAAGAGGGCAGCGUAGAUGAGAGGUGAGAUUGUGCCAUUGCGCCACACUAACGGAACGCAGGUUGGUGAUAUUCUAGACCUUUGUGCUUGUGUGGUCCAAGGACCAGAGGUAGCAUUGAGAUCAGCUGGCAUCUUGUUAAAAAAAAGGCAUUGCUUCAGGAUCACCCCAGACUGAUGGAAUCAGAGUCUGUGUUUUACCAGGAAGCUGAAAUGACUUUUAUACAUAUUAAUGUUGGAGAAGAGAGUAUCCGAGUACACAGAACUGACUUGUGGGAGAGGUAGAAUUAAUUCUCUGUGGUCUCACAACCCUGGGUCAAAUGCUGGUUGCCAGACCAUUACGAUCUUUCUUGUGUUUUGGACAGCUAAUUCAUUUGUUAAUAAUAUUGACAUAUGAAUUCUCAAGUCCUGUACGUGUCUAAUGAUCUUCACUCAUUUUGGCAAUAAAAAGUAACAUUUUGUAUUUUUCUUGUUAACCAUAAAUGGACUCGAAGCUGUAUUAUGCCUGUGAUUUUUAGUCGGACAGAGGUACCACCCUUUAAUAGGACGCACAGCAAAUCUGCAUGUGUGUGUUCUCUUUGAAAAGCUCUGAAGUUUUGCUCAACGGAGUGGUUCUGAAUUUUUGUUCCAGGUGAUUUGCACCGCUGCUUUUCUGGUGUGUAGUUAUGUUACCAGCAUAAUUCUUGUAUAGUUCCUUUGAUACCAUUUCAAAUAAGGAUUAUACAUUAGAAUGUUUCUAGCAAUUAUGAAUGAACUGUGACAAUAUUGGUAUUAUCCCUACCACUCUCUUCCCCCUCACCUUUCAAGUUUGAAAGUUGGGGUGGAUUUUGCAUGUCACUUUCCUGUAAUGAUGCACUUGGUCACAGAUCUGCUGUAUCUCCUGAACAAUGCUUUCUAUCCCCCGGAGGGGAGGGUUUCACACAAAACUGGGGACUUGCACAGCCCGUCGCUCAGACAGUCUGAGCAGAAACUGCAGCUCUUUUCCUCAUUUUGAAUCUCGAAGGAUUCUUGAAAUCACUCAACCUGUCAUUCUUGAAAACCUUACCGCACGGGACAAGCUGGACUCAGCAGUCGCCUGUUGGAAUCCAGGUGGGGAGAGACACAAAGCAGACUUUUCAGAGCAGCGGGCCAGAGCACCCAGGGCGGUUGUCUUCCAGAAAGCUCCCUGGAGGCCUUUGUCCACCACCGUGGGACUUUCAAAGCCAAGCUCUGUGGACUCUGAGAGUGGAAGUGCUCGUCCCUUAAAUGACGACUGAAGCGUGUUUUCAAAGAGCAAUGUUUCCUCACCGUUGUCUCCUGGGAAGCAGCUGCUCCACAAACACAAUGUUUUAAAAAGUUGUAUUAACGGGAAAUGUUAAGCCAAAAUAGAUCAAAAUAACCCUGGUUUUGGGGGAUUUUGUCUCUUUUGGAAGAAUAAGAACUAAAAUAUUAAAACUGUUAAAUUAUGGAGAAAAAGGCACUCUGAUAUAUAAUUUUAAACAAAUAUUUAAAAGAAGGCAGUCUAAUGUUUGAGUCUGUAGGUAUGAUAAAUAUAUUAAAGGGAAACACAUUAAGGAAAUAUAAAUGUUAGGCCAUGCAACUGAAAAAUAUGUUUAGGAGGCCAUUAAAAAGAAAGAAUUUGAUGGGCACUUAAAUUAAACCUUGUAAAUAGAAAUUAAUGUAUAAUAGUCUCUUCCCAAUCUUGGGAUGAGACAUUAAAACUGUCCAUUAAUGAGCAUGAAUUUAUACUUUCAGAUGUGUUGCUUCAUAAAAUGAGACUCAGUACUGCGAGUUAUUCAGGCUUAUGUUUAAUAUUGUUGACUUCUUCAUGAGGGAGCAUCAGUGUGCUGUCAUGUGUACUUUGUAACUUGUAUGUAUCCAAGGAGACUUGCAGUGGAUAUUUGGAAAGAUGUUUGUGGUUUUCAUAGCAGCAUUCGAGAGCCCCUGUAUCUCAUUAUGAAGUUUUUGCUGAUAAACUCAAGAUUCAGCUUACCUGGUGUGGUUUUCUCUUCUAUGAAUUUUGCUGUGUACCUCUUUUCCUUACUCCCAAUCGUGUAGUGAUACUAAACCUUUCAUAGUAAGUAUACUUGUUUCUCAUUGUAUUCCUAGAGUUUACAUUCCUAAAGAAUUGACUCUGAUUUGGAUAUUUUUAUUUGUCCCCUACCUUUUUAAGGCUAUGGAAACAAACUGGAGUUCCAUUUUUCUGAAGUUUUGUAUAUUUGUGUAAAUGUUCUCCAUAUGCAGUACUUUAUACAGCAAGUGUUGCCUCUUAUUUGAUUGAAAUAAAAACUAAAAAAAAAU